AUGGAACCUUUGAGCAAUGUGCAGACUGAAUUUCUCCCACCUAACACCACUUCAGUUUUGCAACCACUCGACAAAGGCAUAAUCAAAAGUUUCAAAACAUUGUACCGUAAAGAGGUUGUUGUUAAACUGCUUGAAAGCAUCGAGGAAAAAAAGGAUUAUUCCAUUUCGAUUUAUGAUGCAAUGAAUAUUGCUCAAAAAGCCUGGACAAAUGUCAGUAAAUCGACUAUUAAAAACUGGUUUCUAGCUUGCGGUUUUGUUAAGGAUCAAAAUGUAGUCGUAAUCAGGGAAGAUGUAUUCAACAUAGCAGAGUGGGCUCGUGUUCCACAAAAUACAGAAACACGUGUAAACUUUGAAGACUACAUUCAUGUUGAUGAUGAGUUGGUGAUUACUGGAAGCCUCAAUGAUGAUGAAAUUCUGGGUAUCGAAAACAUCGACGAUGAAAACGAUGAAACAUUUGAAAUUCCCUCAGUUUCCACAAAGGUUGCGACAGCUUCAAAUGAAAAUUUGCGUCUUCUUUCAUGGCAUCAAAUGUUGAAGACACUAUUUUUAAUGACAUUGUAA